AUCAAAUACACACGCAGAACACGCGGACAGGCGCUGCGGGGGAAAACACCGCCUGGUUUUUCUUUAAACAGCCUCCUGUUGCUCCCACACAGGACGAAUAAGGUCACCCACGAGUGGAGCAUGAAGCAGCCGGGUUUAUAAACAGGUGUCAGCCGGGGCUCCGUUACCUCUCCUGCUGAAUGCGGAGCUGAGCUCUCCUGUUUUUCUCCUGACAUGAAAACACGCCGCCAGGUUCCGUCGCCUUCACUUAUUCUCUGCGAGCAGCCGGGAUGGUUAAAUGUCCUGUUUAAUGGUCGAGAGGUGUGGAUGUGUCGCAUUUAAAUGGUCGGAGCAGAAUGUCAUACAGGUCCGCAUGCUGGCUGAUGGCAGGCUGAACUCAGGUCAUGCUGGUGUGUUGCUGGCUGAGAGACGAGGUUCUUACCCGCCGAUUGAUCUGCAGAUCCUGAAAACAAGCUCACGGCCAGGGGAGGUCGAGUGCGGCACAAGGAGAAAGCUGAAGCGUCUGUUAAGUUUCCAGAGAUACUGCCAUGCAUCCAGGUUGCUGAAAGGACUAAUGCCCCACUCUCCCAGGUCCCUACAUUUGCUGGAUGAUGACUACUUGGGACAGGCAGCUCACAUGCUCUCAAAAGUAAACACAUGGAACUUUGAUAUUUUCCUUUUUGAUCGUCUUACAAAUGGUAACAGUCUGGUGACUCUGAUGUGCCAUCUCUUCAAUGUAUGUGGACUGAUUCACCACUUCCAGCUGGACAUGGUUAAACUACACAGAUUCCUUGGAAUGGUGCAGGAAGACUACCAUUCCCACAAUCCAUAUCAUAAUGCUGUUCAUGCUGCUGAUGUAACUCAAGCCAUGUACUGCUACCUAAAAGAGACAAAGCUGGCAGAGCAGCUGACUCCUCUGGAUGUGUUCCUGGGUCUGAUGGCAGCAGCAGCUCAUGAUGUGGAUCAUCCUGGUGUCAACCAGCCUUUUCUUAUUAAAACCAGACACCACCUGGCAUCCCUCUACCAGAACACCUCUGUGCUGGAGAGCCACCACUGGAGAUCCACUGUCGGCAUGCUCCGAGAGUCGGGUCUGCUGAGCCACCUAUCCGCUGACAUGUCGCUGGACAUAGAGCAGCAGCUGGGCUCUCUCAUCUUGGCUACAGACAUUAACAGGCAAAAUGAAUUUCUGAUGACGCUACGAGAACAUCUGGACAACCAGGACAUGGACCUUCAGCUGGUCACACACAGGCAUUUCAUACUGCAGAUUGCUCUGAAAUGUGCUGAUGUCUGUAAUCCGUGUCGGGACUGGGAGCUAAGCAGGCAGUGGAGUGAGAGGGUGUGUGAGGAAUUUUAUAGGCAGGGUGACCUGGAGAAGAAAUUUGAUUUGGAGAUCAGUCCUCUGUGUGACCAACAGAGAGACUCUAUCCCAGCUAUCCAGAUUGGUUUCAUCUCCUACAUCGUGGAGCCUUUGUUUGAGGAGUGGCAGCGCUUCACUGCACCCAGCAUGCUCAGCCAAAUAAUGAUGGGUCACCUGCACAAGAACAAGGCUUGCUGGAGCCGCCUCAGAUACGUACACACACCUGCAGAAACGAAAACUCACCUGCACCCCGGGGACCCAGAGCUUGAAGGACACAAGGAGGCAGAAAACAUCCCAUAAUGUGUCUUCAGUUGCGUUUAUGGUUUUUGAUCACCUCUAUACAUGGAGGGGAAACGUUUUUAUCCAAAUCCGUGUUUAUUCUCCAGCAUGUUUCCUCCAAGAGCUGGUUGCUCUUACAGCGGGAGCACUGGAGGGCAUCGUGGGCCGGAAACAAGGACAAUAGCUCCCCCUGCUGGAGCAGGGGAUGAAUGUAGCAUUGCAGGAGAGAAAAGAAAUGGAAGGGGAUUCACUAAGGAGCAGAAUAAUCUCAGUAAAAAAGCUAAUGUUGACAUGCUUUUGUUUGGAACUUUGUGCUCAAAUGGAACUAAAAGAUAAAUAAUUAAAUGGAACUAAAAGGUUAAUUAUUUAAAAGAUUUCGACUGAGGGUUAAGAUACGAUUUCUAAUAUGGUUUUAGUUUGCAUAAUAGUGAUAGAACAAUAAAAAGGCAGAAUUAUAUGAAAAUUAUAUGACAAAAUAAGACAGUAUUCACACACACACGUGUAUGUAUUUUGAUUUUUAUGAUUUUUUUGUAUAACUUGCUACCAAUAAUCUCUACUCGCCCUCUUGUUUUUAAAAUGCUUGCACUCUUGUUCAUUGUUUUUUCAUGUCUAUCUCACCACUGGUCUUCAUCACUGAAGUGCGUUUUUUUCUUUAAGCAUUGAGUUGCUACGUCGAGGUACUGUACUCUGUAACAUACAGCAUGUCCUAUGUGAAAGACUGACUCAGCGCAUCGAUUUAAAUAAUGAUUCACACUUAAAGUGGCUUAGGUCGGUGUUGCUGGCUUGAUGUUUCAUACUUGAGCUGAAUCAACAACGUGAAAAGCCAAAUUAGAAAAAAGGUUUAUCUUUAUAUUAUAAGUUGUAUAAACUGUACAUACUGUGAUGAGUAACCCCAGCACUUCCCAUGCCAAAACCUUUUUAUCUCUCUACUCUGUAAGUCACUUGGAAAUGUAACUCUUCUCACUUUUCUCUAAUAGUCAAAUGAAUUCAAUCACAGCCUCACUUUACAAGCUCAUACACAACAAAGCCUUAACAGCCACUUGGUCUGUCAGUGAAACAUGUUUUUUUAAUGGGCUUUUUUGAACAAUAUGUUUCAUAGUAUCAAAGUUUCUGCCUCCUGUUCGUCAGCCACAUCAGCAUGCUGAAACACAGGCUCAGUACUGUAGAAGCUUGCUUCUUGCUUGAUCUUUCAUCCAGUAUCAGGUUUGGGUCUCUCAGACCUGGGAAGCAUUGCCAAGGUGUCGGUGUACUUUUAUAAAACAUCAGUAUCUCUGUAAGGCUUUUUGUUUUAAAAUGCUUCCUUCUUGUUACACUUGCAGCAGGCCCUGCGUGCUGUAUUUUUUAAUUCAUAGGUUGAAAAAGAAACACAAAUGUAUCAAAUUUAAAUGUAUAUUAGCUAGAGAUGCACCAAUCCGGGUUUUGUGGCCAAUGUCCGAUUUUCAGCUUUGUACAGCUCUGACCUGCCCGAAUUGCUUUUAGCUGAAUUACACUUGUCCCUCAAUUAGACAAUAUAAUGUUUUUUUGUUGUCUACCCUCGUGUAAAAAAAAAAUGAAUUGCUCUUAAACAGGGUUUACAAUUAUUUUAUUAAAAAUAAAAUUACAAUGGAGGUUACAUUUUACGUUGUUUUUAGCAGUUAGCACGGUUAGCAUUCAUAGCUGUAAAAGGUCUAGAGCAGUGCUUCUCAAACUUAUUACAAAAAGUACCACAUUUUCCAAAUACCACCAUCUUCACCUACAUUUUAAAACUGUAUUACAACAAGACUUUAGCUUUUUCAGUUUGUUAUGUUAUGUCAUGAAAACAAAAUAAAGGUUUAGCCAAUUAGCUCCGGAUGAUUGAUUGAAGAAAACAGUGCAGCUAUGCUUUCUAUUCCUGCUUACAAGCCAAAUGUCUAAGCUUGACAUUAAUAAAAAGGCCUGUAGAAGUUGAGAGUUUCUCACCUACCCCGACAUCAAAAUCCAAUAUGGCUGCCUUGCAUUUAAACCUUAUUCAUAGCUGCAGUUAAAAUGGGGUGUGUGUGUACUUCUGACUUUUGGGUAUUGGCCUUUAUUAGUAAUAUUACCUAGCCUGGUUGAUAUGAAUAUUACUUAGAAAAUCCCACUGGUUUUUAAUACUUGGAACAAGGGAUGGUUGACAUGGGCUUGAAAUUUUAUGACCACAAUUUGUAGUUAUUGCGACAAUCCUAAAAGUAGUGAUAUCAAGUAUUCGAAUAAUAAUCACUAUAUUUAGCUAUAAAUCUAUCAUUACAUACAGUCACAGUUCCACAAACUGCCCUAAUAAUCAUACUUAACUAUUCUAAAAUGGGCUUUUUCACUACCCCAGUUACAUUGAGUAGUGCCACUAAACGGCACACAAUUAUUGUAUUGUAAUUAAAAUAUUUAUAUUUAUCUGUCAUCUGAUAUUAAUAUUCCCAAUCAGCUUGGGUUGUUGGUGGUUUGCAAACAGCUUCAGUUUCAUAAAUUCUUUUCACAACAAUUAUUUCCCCCAACACAAUAAAUGAUGUCAUAACUGACUGUCUCUACGUGGACUCAAGCGGUAAAGAGAACAAAAUAGCAGAACUUGUACUGCUGUUCUAAAGCUCAUGAGGAUAAAACAAAGCAACUUGGCUGUAAUAUGCUCAACCCUUUUGCCCAAAAAAUCCAUUUGAAAGUAGCAGCCCUGAAUGAACAGCAGACGGGUCCCUUUUAGAAAACCCAAUUUCCUUUCUGGAUACUUCCUAUGCCUUUUGUGCUUUCUAUGAUUUCAUUUGUAACAUCUCUCUGAUACCUUAAAUAGCUAACUCACACUCUUCUUUAAUCACUAACCUCUUCAACACUGAAAAGUGAAUGCUAACAUGUUAGCACUUGCUCUGCGUUUUAAUUCUGCUUAUACUCCCAAGUCGUAUUUUCUGAGUUUCUGGUUUGAAAUACAACAAGAACACCAACAGGAGUUAGAAUUCCAACUUGGAAAGUCAGAGGUCUCUUUUCAGAGCUCGGGUUCAAAUUCCAAUAUGGCACAUAAACCAUUGUGAAAGCUGCAGCUACAUACUAUUAAUUGGCUCUUCCGAUGGUUAGUAUUUAAUUAAAUAGUGGCAUAGAUGGUAAUGUUUAACUUCUAUUUACGAACAUUUUCCUUUAAUUAUUGAAAGCACAAAAUAAAGAGGAAUACACUGUUAUUGGCAUGUAGUGCUACUACUGUAGUAGUUAGCACCACAAAAAUGUGCAAAUCCCACUGGUUUUCAGACUUGGAGCUAGAAGUCCAGUGGGACAUUAUUUGGUGUCAGCUGUUCACUGACUGAAAAUCGUGGUCACCUGCCAAUUUCUCUGUGCAUCUGUAUUUAUUUCCUGCACUUAAUGUCAAAGAAUAUGCUAUCUUUACUAUCUUUCAACUUUGGCUGAAAAGAUACUUAUGUGUAAUAUCUGUGGAUGCACUAAGCCACGUGAAGAUGAUGCUUCUGACAUCAGGUCAUCUGGUAUUUGUAAAUACAAGCAUAAAAUAUAUGUAUUUUUGCCAUUCUACUUAAAAUAUGUAUAUCAGAGUUUGUUGAAUUUAAGAUAUAUGACACACACAUCAAAUGGAGUAUUUGCAUAUCUGGAGUUCGGAUCCUUCCACAGUAUUAGAGGAGCUGUAUGAAUAAAAAAAAAAAAAAAAAAGCAAGCCAGCAAUCAGAGUGUGGUGUAAAAUAAUCAGCUUGACAAGAAAUGCUUGUUGAAGUUAUACAAACUGUUAUCUGCCUCCUUUAAGAGGUGCAGUGCAAUAAUGUUAAAUUUCUGUGUAUUGUACUUGUUUGUUCUUAAAUAAUUAUAUGUCUUCACAAUGGCACUCUGCUAAAAUGUUCACUUUGCUCAAGCAGCACUGUUGCAACGGGGAAGCACAGACAAAAUAAGUCUGAAAGCUGUGACUGGUUUAACUUACUCAAAGACGUACAGUUGCCUCUUUGAGCACCAGAAAGUGACCCGAAACAGUCUGUUUCAGUCCUGUUUUGAUUUUUACAGCUUCCAAACCUGAAAGCAGCUAUGAACUGGGAACAAAGUGACACAUCACUUUCUGAAUAUGCUACCGAAGUAGUGCUCUAGAUUAUUCUCUGAGUCAUAUUUACUGUCAGUGCAGAGCUGGACAGCAGGUCUCAGACUGCCUUGUUUUGAAUACCUCUGAGAAUGAACACUGUUGCAGGGUAACUGAGCCAUACUGGUUUUACUCAGCAAAAUUAAUACAUACUGUGUGUCUACAUAGAGGAGUAAUAUCAGCUUCACUAGGUUCAGCAUCUUAAGGUAUACCACUAAAAUGUGCAAGUUUAGCGUGAAACUAUAACAAUCAAAUGUGUAAUUUGAUGCCAUGACAUGAUCAGAUAAAUCUCUUUCUGUGAAGUUUUUAUUUGUACAUAAAUAGCAGAGAUUGUGUGUUUCACUCACUUCCAAAUAAAACAUAAAAAAGC